AUGGAAGGAUUGCACAGUACCCAAGUAUUAGUAAAGAUCAAAGCAGGUAGACUAUUUUGGGAUGGUUACUUGGUUGUACCUGAAAAAAAAAAGGGAAGUUUGCAAGUGAUAAGAAAUGAAAUUAGAAAUGUCGUUCAAGUUUGCUGGGUAAAUCGUGAUAAUGGGGAUGUUGAAGAAUUAAUUGAUGUUUGUGAGGGUAUGAGACUUGAAGAGGUGCCUGAAUGUACUUCGGGUCAUGUUUAUGUUCUAAGAGGACUACAUGACAAAAAACCUCAUUUAUAUUGGAUUCAGGAGAAGUUCGAUUAUUUAGAUAGUGAAAAAGAGUUAAUAAACAACUUUAAUAAGAAAUUAAAGGAUUCUUAUGAACAUACAAUUUCUAAUCCUAGACUACAACUUAGGGAAUCCUUAGAAAUAGCUUUAUCCCAAACAGAGAAUAGCAACUUGCUUGAUAUAAUUCAAUUAAAAAGCCAUAUUUCAAUCAACAAUAUACUUUCGAAUGAUGUAUUGGAGGCGAUUCAAUGUGAUCAUCAUGCCAUGCUGGAACUGGAAAGUUUAAUGCCAAAUGGUCAACAAGAUUCUCAAAAUGUCAUUGAUGCAAUGAAAUGUCCUCAAGUUCAAUACACUCUAAGAUUAUUAAAUGAAUCAAUAUAUUCAGAUCAAUUAAUUCCUCUGCUUAAUGCUCUUGGCUUAAAACCUUUACAAGGUAUUUCACAUCCAAUGGAACAAUUCCUGAGUGCAUUGGAAGCAAAUUAUAAUCAAGAUAAAUACGCAAAUUCAUAA